GCGCCUGCGCACUGCAACAUACGCCUGCCGGGCCUUCGCGAAGGUGUCGUUGCGAGAAACGUGUCCCGCGCGCUACGCCGUCUGUUUCUAGGCAACCCCGCUGCCUCUUAGCAACCACGCACGCGGCCGGAGUUGGGUCUCCCCAACCUGUGGCGGUGCCAUGGCGGCUGGGACUUCCACGGUCUUCCUACUUAUGGUCAAUGGGCAAGUGGAGAGCGCCCAGUUCCCAGAGUACGAUGACCUCUACUGCAAGUACUGCUUUGUGUAUGGCCAGGACUGGGCCCCUACAGCGGGUCUGGAGGAGGGGAUCUCACAGAUCACAUCCAAGAGCCAAGAUGUGCGCCGAGAACUGGUGUGGAACUUCCCCAUCGAUGUCACUUUUAAAAGCACCAACCCUUAUGGCUGGCCACAGAUUGUGCUCAGUGUGUAUGGACCAGACGUGUUCGGGAACGACGUGGUCCGAGGCUAUGGGGCAGUGCAUGUGCCCUUCUCACCUGGCCGGCACAAAAGGACCAUCCCUAUGUUUGUCCCCGAAUCUACAUCUAAAUUGCAGAAGUUUACAAGCUGGUUCAUGGGACGGCGUCCCGAGUACAGAGACCCCAAGGUGGUGGCUCAGGGUGAAGGCCGGGAAGUGACCCGUGUCCGCUCUCAGGGCUUUGUCACCCUCCUUUUCAACGUGGUGACCAAGGACAUGAGGAAGCUGGGCUACUACACUGGGCCUGCAGACACACACAGCAUCCCGGUGCCCAGCGUGCCCCAGGGUGCCACUUGCUGAAGGCAUCAUUCCCCCUGCUCCACCCUACUUCUGGCUGGGCAGCACUCGCUGUCUUUCUGGAGGUGGGGGCUCGGAGGACAGAACAG